UUGAAAUGUGAUUAUGCUGUUGUAAUGUGACAUUUAAUAAUUCAUACAAUCAUACGUUAAGUAGAAUUAAGGCAACAUACAUCUUCUACAUUAUUUUAAUAAAUAUGAGUCUUUGGGUAGACAAAUAUCGCCCGACAACGCUCGGAAAAUUAGAUUAUCAUAAAGAACAAGCGGAAUAUCUCAAAAAUAUGGUACAAAAAGGUGAUUUUCCACAUUUAUUAGUAUAUGGACCAUCAGGAGCAGGAAAGAAAACUCGUAUAAUGUGUACCAUAAAAGAAUUAUAUGGAAGUGGAGUUGAGAGAUUAAGAAUGGAGACCAUGACAUUUCAGACACCAUCUAAAAAGAAAUUAGAUAUAACAACCAUAAGUAGCAAUUAUCACAUAGAGGUAAAUCCUAGUGACGUGGGCAUAUAUGAUAGAGUUGUGGUGAUGGAUUUAGUAAAAACAACUGCUCAAACUCAUCAAAUAGAUCCAAGUGGGCAAAGAGAGUUUAAAGUGGUAUUGCUGACUAAUGUUGAUCAGCUUACAAAAGAUGCACAACACGCUUUAAGAAGAACAAUGGAAAAAUAUGUUGCUACAUGUAGGCUAAUACUCUGUGCAAAUUCAACAUCACGUGUUUUGCCAGCUAUUAGAUCAAGGUGUUUAGGAAUUAGAGUACCAGCUCCAUCAAUAUCAGACAUAAAAUAUAUUUUGCACUCAAUUUGCAAACGUGAAGGUUUAACUUUACCAAAUGAACUGGCUGUUAGAAUAGCUGCAACUAGCGGUAGAAACCUUAGGCGAGCAAUAUUAAUGCUCGAAGCUUGUAAAGUUGAACAAUACCCAUUUACUGCAGAUCAAAACAUUUCAGAACCAGAUUGGCAAGUGUACAUUCGUAAUACAGCCAAUAUGAUGGUUAUUGAACAGAGUCCAACAAAACUUCUUGAAAUAAGAAACAGACUUUAUGAGCUAUUAACUCAUGCUAUACCAUGUGAUUUGAUAUUUAAAGGUCUUUUACAAGAAUGCAUAAAAAAUUGUGACCUCCAGUUAAAAAUCGAAAUUGCAACAGUUGCAGCAGAGUAUGAACAUAAAAUGCAUAGGGGAUCAAAACCUAUUUUUCACUUAGAAGCGUUUGUUGCACGGUUUAUGGCAAUAUACAAAAAGUUUAUUGAUUCAUCUCUUGAAGGUUUUGAGUGA